AUCCUUGUUCCGUUGGGUGCAGUUAGCUGGCUUUCCCUGUUGCCAUGGUUACCAAGGCAGAGUUUAGACUCGUUAAGGCUGACAGGGCUGUUGCCCAGCUCUAGCGGGAAGUGACGCAGCAGCAGCCGGGAGAGCACAACAUUUGAAUGGCACCAAGAGUCUCCCAGAGCGGAGGGUAGAGGGGCACAGGGUCCUAGGUCUGACUGUAUUGAAUAAUUAAAGGCUGAUUUAAUCACAUUUCCAGCAAUGGCAAACUUGGAAAUAGAAUUUCUUCAGGAUCAAAUCCAUCAUUUAAGGGCAGCACUAAAACGAUAUGAAGAUCAGGACUAUCCCCGGCAUCCUGUUGAAAAGGAGGAGGGAGUUGUGCGGGAUGGUAGCAUAGCUACCUACACUUUAGCGGAAAAAAGAAACAUGACUUCAUUGAUUGGAGAAUAUGACAAACAUACCGAGGAGAUAAGUGAACAACUCCAGCUUUAUAGGGCUGAAAUGGGUCAAAUGAGAAUAAAACUAGAAAGUAUAAUCAAGGAAAAUGAAAGGUUACAUGAACAGUUGAAAGAGUCUUUGGAGAAACAAUUGGAAUUAUAUCCUGUCACUUCUGGUUUGACCAGCGACACAUUAACUGAGCAAGAAUUGGUUAAAAACCUGCAAGAACAAUUGCAAUUGGCAAAUCGAGAAAAAGAGCAUGCCUUAGAGCUUUGGCAGACAGCCACUCAGGAAAUGGAUCGCCUUCAACAACUUUACCAGGAGCACAUGACUCAGACACACGUACAUGUUGCUGAGAGGCAACAGCAGAAGGAUCAGGCUUUAAAUCUCCAGCACCUCACUAAACAACUUCAAGCAACUAAUGAAAAACUGGAAAUGAGUAAUCAACAGUUUUCACACACUGUAAAGGAGCAGCAUUUGGAAAUUGAACAGCUUUCUAAACAAUUCAGACAAGCUAAAACCGACUUAAGAGCUGCCACUUUAAAAGUUGAAGAUCUGACCAAGCUUGUAGAAAACCUUCAAGAGCAGUUGCAUAAAAAGGAAGAUCAUAUUACAGCCGCUCAUGCUAGAGAGGAAGCAUCCGAUAAACGUGUGCUUGAGCUCCAGUCUGCUCUAGCACUGGUAGAAACCAGGCUGAGAGUAACCUCACAAGAUGAAGAGCAAUUAAUAAGCGAAAGGACAAAGUUAGAAAAAUGCAUUGCUGAGCUGCAAGCAAAGUGUGUCGCUGCUGAGGAGGAGAAGUAUGAAGCAGUUUGCAGAGUUCGUGACAGUAUGAUAAUACUGGAAGAAGCUAACUUACAGAAAGACCAGGCUCUGCUCAGAGAGAAGCAAAAGGAAGAAGAAAUUGAGAAUAUGAAAGUGGCUAUAGCAGAGUUAAUCCAGGGAGCAGCAUUGAAAACCCGACGAGAGGUUGAGAAUACAAAGAAACUUUUUAACGUACAGAUUUCACGUUUGACUGAAGAUGUCUCUGCCCUUCAGAUGGAGUGUGGAGAGAAGCAGAGUCAGAUCGACCGUGCCUUGAGAGAGAAGCGUGCUGCAGAAGAAGAACUUGAAAAGGUGUAUCGUGAAGGGAGGGUAAAUGAAAAAGAUUAUAGGAAAUUUGAGGAACUACACCAGCGAUGUCUACUCGCAGAACGUGCUAAAGAUGACCUCCAGAUAAGUCUGAAUGCUGCACAAAAGAAAAUGAGACAAUUGGAGUUGAACUCUGGUGAAGAGUUGUCUCGAUGUCAGGAAACUAUGCAAAAACUUAAUAGAAUGUUGGAGUCCGAAAGGGAAGGCUUUAAUUCUGUAAGUGAAGAAAGACUGAAACUUGUGCAGGAUAAUGAGAAGUUACGGAAAGAAGUAGAGGAUUGGAAAAAGUCUGCAGUGGAAGUGCAACAAAAAAUUACAUUUCAGGUGCAGACAAUGGCACAUGAAUUUUCUUUGAAAGAACAAGGGUUUGAAGUGCAGUUGAAAGAGAUGGAAGAUAGCAAUCGGAAAGGUGUAAAUGAGCUGAUGAAGUUAAUGACAGCUCAGCGAAAGUCAGCAAACAGAUGGAAGCAGGAGACCCGAAAACUAUCAGAAAGUACUGAGAGCAGGCUUGGAAACCUGCGAAAUCAGUUGAAGCAACUGAAACACCGCAAUGAAGAAUUAUUGGCUCAAGUAGAAUCUGCACAUGAAAAAAAUAAUGAGCUUGAAAAAUUAGUUACUGAAUACCAAGAGAAGUCCAACAGACUUCAAAGUCGACUACAGGAAGCAGAAGAAAGUGCUCUAUCAGCAACUAGAGAGCUCAAACUUCUUGCAUCACAAAGACGAAAUACAGCUCACAAUUUGUAUCAAAAUAUCUAGGAAUAUAUUUUUUAUUUAAUUAAGAAAGCCCAACAAAAUGUGAUCUGAAAUGGAGGCAAAUUCUUUCUUUUUUCUGAUUUAUAACAAGUAACUAUUUUUUAGACAUGGGUCGUUUCCUACAAUGAACCAAGUAAAAAAAAAAGUUUUGUAAGUGUAUCGAUUUUGUUUCCUUAAAAUUUCAAUUAACUGGUUACAUGUAAAUAUAUCUGUAUGUGUAUUUUAUUUUUUUAGUGUAUUAACAUGUAAUAAUCGUAUUAAUGUAAUAGGUGUUUGCAAAAACACCUGCAGCUUGAAGGUGCGUCCAUAUAUUUUUGGAAGAACACGGAGCACUUUGAUGGUUUUUAUACACUAACUUAUAUAUUGUUUAUAUUAUGCAUACUAUAUUUUUAUUAUAUGUUGUCAAGGCAAUA